AUGAUUCCAGUUUGUGUUCAAGACGAUUCUGCUUCUACAAUCUUAACUAUGUUUGAUCGGGAAGCACAUGGGCUCUUGGGAAUUUCAGCCAGAGAUUUAGCAGAAAAACAUACUAGGCUUGGAUUCAGUUUGGGCAUAUAUCCUCCUGAACUCAAUUUUUUGAAAAACAAGCAUUUAGCUUUUAAAGUCAGUGUCACAAAAUACAAUGUGAGAUUUCAAAAUAAUGUCUACACAAUCUCAAGGGUAACGGAGGAAAAGCAAAUAAUCGAGAGUUUGGAGAGAAAGCUACUUCAGUUGCAGGAUUGGGUUUUACAUUCGGAUGAAAAUGUUACACCGUCUACCGGAAAUAUUUUGACACCAACAAGUUUUGAAAAUGUAAAAAGUACUCCGAUGAAUUUAACACGCAAGUUUGAAGAAGUGUAUGAUGUGGAACAGUAUUCGAAUUCGUCAUCAACAAAAGCACCACGUCUUUCAACUGGAACUGGAGAGGGUAUCAAGCUUUUGAUACCAAAAGUUGAAAAAUAA